GGUUUCCUUGUUAUUUUCCCUCCCGUGAUUAUGGGCCUCCAGCUGGAUUUCUGUGACUCCAACAUCAUUGACCACUUCACCUGUGAUUCUUCUCCUUUGCUGCUGAUUGCUUGCACAGACACAGAGAUUCUACAGCUUAUGGCAUUUUUCUUAGCAAUAUUCACACUCAUACUAACUUUGGCCUUGGUGAUUCUCUCUUACACACUCAUCCUUAGAACAAUUCUGAAGAUCCCCUCAGCCCAGCAAAGGAAAAAGGCCUUUUCUACUUGUUCCUCCCAUGCAAUUGUAGUAUCCAUUUCUUAUGGGAGUUGUAUUUUUAUUUAUGUAAAAACAUCUACCAAAGAAGGUGUGGCUCUGAGCAAAGCUGUAGCAGUACUGUACAGCUCAGUUGUUCCCAUGUUGAAUCCUUUUAUUUAUACCUUAAGGAACCAGCAGGUGAAACAGGUCCUGAAGGGCUUCACUAAAAAAAUAUUAUCAAUCAAGCACUAA